UCCCGGGCGUGGGUGGUCACAUUCGCUUCGACUUCGAAUCGUUUCAUAAUAUACUAGAUAUACUCCACUAGAAAUCAACCAAAUCUAGCAACAUGGAGGCUGUGGCGAAACACGAUUUUAACGCCACGUGCUCAGAUGAGCUGAGUUUUAAAAAAGGCAGUAUUGUUAAGAUUUUGAACAAAGAUGUCGAUGAAAAUUGGUACCAAGCUGAAAUGGAAGGGAACUCUGGCAUGAUCCCUGCUAACUACAUCGAAUUGAAACCACACGACUGGUUCAAGGGCAAGAUUACAAGGUCACAUGCAGAAGAUCUUCUCAUGAAACAGAACUUUGAUGGGGCAUUUUUGAUUAGGGAAAGUGAAAGCACCCCAGGUGACUUUUCUUUAUCUGUAAGGUUUCAAAAUAACAUCCAGCAUUUCAAGGUUCUGCGUGACGGUGCAGGAAAGUACUUUCUGUGGGUGGUAAAGUUUAACUCAUUAAAUCAACUGGUCGAAUACCACCGUACCUCAUCUGUGAGCAGAUCGCAACAAAUAUUCUUGAAGGAUGUUGAUUCAGAGUGCUCGCAGGAUACUGUCGUGGCCCUGUACGAUUUCGUAGCCCAAGAAGCAGGGGAGCUCAACUUUAAAAAGGGAAACCACAUCGAAGUCUUGGAUAAAGAAGACGACAACUGGUGGAAAGGCCGCGUCGCGGAAACUGGGGAGGAAGGCCUGUUUCCAAGAAACUAUGUUAGUUCUAAAUAAGUAAUUGCUACAUUACGAGAAUAUUUCAUUAAAUAUAUCACUAGUAGCGUGACGAGUAGACGCGAAAUCUACCGGAAACCACUUUCACUAUGAUGUUACACGAUUUCAAAAAGAUUACGACAUUCUACGUCUCUGCUAUCAGAUUAUAUUUUUGUCUCACGUUGAUGUCUAGAUACUAAGCAAAUUGUUAAGUCGAGCUCUAUAACAGUCUUAACGUUUGUUAAUUUUUUUAUGGACAGAACCCAGGCUGAAUAAGCACGGUUCAUUUCCCAUUUUAAUCCUUCCAAAAUCGAUUCCAAAAAAUUGUACAAAAACACGUCAAUAAAAUCAAUGAAAACAA